UGCUCGGUUGUCUGUCACUUCCUUGGCAUGAAAACAAAAACGCGUGCGUGCUUUCUGGACAGUCGGCAUCAAAUUUACGUUGAAAUUAUCUAAAAAUCUGUUUUAGUUACAAAACAUCAUCAAAAAUGUAUUUAAUGUACACCUUGAACGAAAAGGGAGAACGAGUUUAUACUUUGAAGAAAAAUGAUGCUGAAGGUAAUCCCACUCAGUCAGCACAUCCGGCACGAUUCUCUCCGGAGGACAAAUACUCCCGCCAUCGUAUCAUUAUCAAGAAGCGAUUCGGUUUAUUGCUAACCCAGCGACCUGAGCCAGUUUAUUAGAUAUGUAGACUUAAAGUUUUAAUAUUAAUUCGCGAAUAAAAUUAUCAAAUGCCAAUCAAUCA